GUGUACAAACAAGAAUAGUUAUUAAUUGGUGUGUGUGCUCGUUUCUGCUUUAAAAUGGCUGAUCAAGGCAAAAAAAAGACCCAAGCUAUAUCAAACGAGAAAUAUAGGGACGUGCUCUUAACAACGACAAACCAGCUGCGAAAAGAAGGAGUCCUUUGCGAUGUUCGACUUCUUGUGGGAGAUCAAAGUUUUCUCGCUCAUCGCAGUAUUCUCGCCGCCAGUAGCCCGUAUUUCCGAGGUUUAUUCACCAACGACAUGAAGGAAAAAGAUCUAAUGGAGUGCAGACUUGACCAACUGCAAGCCUCUGUCAUGGAACCUCUCCUUGGUUAUUUAUACACCGGCAAUGUGACUCUUGACGAAGAAAACGCAGAGAGCCUCGUGGCAGCGGCCGAUUAUCUGCUCAUUCAGAGCCUCAAAGAUAUUGGGUGCGAGUUUUUAGAAGGUCUGCUUUCUCCAUCAAAAUGCUUCACCUUGAGAGAUUUUGCUGAGAAAUACAGCUGCGAUUCUCUGAAAAGCUCUGCCACGCGCUACAUUGUGAAACACUUUAACGAUGCCUGUGAUACAGAAGCUUUCAAAUCGGUGGAGUUCAGAGUUUACAUCGAAAUAAUCGCGCGCGACGAUCUCGAAGUUUCGCGCGAGGAAGAUGUGUAUGAGACGCUGAUCAAGUGGGUGAAGCACGAUUUGGAAACUCGGAAAGAGUAUUUCGACGAAUUAUUCAGCAAAAUUCGCUUGUCUUCGUUAUCGAGGCAUUACUUGAUUAAUCAAGUGGAAAAAGAAGAGCUGGUCAGCGAGAGUUUUUAUUGCACAAAGCUUGUGGUGAAAGCUCUGAACGCGUUUAUUCUCCACGAGUAUGACGAUCGCGAGUGUGCUCGAAAUAAUCUCAAAAGAUAUUUGGAUGUCAUCACAGUGUGCGGCGGGAAUUUGUGCAAAGAGGCGACCUGUUAUUCCCCGGCAAAGAAAAAAUGGCUGCCUUUUGCAGACAUGUUGAAGGCGCGCGACGAACACUGUACGGCUGUUCACGACAAUGUCCUUUAUGCGUUUGGCAGCACACAGACUGAGAACGGCCAGUCGGUCGAACAGUAUAAUGCGCACACUAACUCCUGGAUAGCGGUGGCAAACAUGCCUCAGAUGCGCUGCGCAGCAACCGCUGUCACGUGCGGUGAUCACAUCUUUAUCAUUGGAGGAAGAAUACCAAACGGUGGCGGUUCCACCAAACAAGUCAUGCGCUACGAUGCCGAUAUCAACAAGUGGUUUAUUGAGACGUCCAUGUCUUUCAAACGUGCUGGUCUCUGCUCAGCAGCUUGUGACGGUCUCGUAUACGCAAUCGGCGGUUUGAGCGACAGGAACGAGUUUCUGCGCACAGUUGAACGAUACGACCCGCGAAAAAAGGUAUGGAGUGACAUCACGCCCAUGCAAGUCGCGCGGUAUUUCGCGUGCGCAGUGGAGAUGAACGGCAAAAUAUUUGUAAUUGGUGGCCAGUCCUCCAGCGGCGCGUAUCUGUCCUCGUGCGAAGCAUUAGAUCCUUCCACAGAGGAAUGGGCCUCGCUACCAAACAUUUCUUUCCCUCGACAAGCGGCCGGAGUAACAAGACUUGGAUACCGGAUUUACUUGUUUGGAGGCUGUAAUAACUCGGGCAGUCUGGACAGUGUUGAAUGUUACGACGACAGGAAGCGAAGCUGGGAAACAAUCGCGAGGAUGCCCUGUAAAAGAUCUUGGGUACAGUGUGGCGUGCUUCGUGUGGCCAAAGAUCUUUUCGAACUCAACUAAUCAAAUUGAAGACAUCGUAACACACGAUUAUUAUAUCGACCUCCUGAAACAAGACGCAGGAAUGGAAUAUACUGGAAAAACUAGAAAACUUUACCCUCGAAAUGGAGCAAACCAAGGAAUGACUAAUUUGAUGGACUUUAAACGGAGAUUGGUUCAAGUGAAGAAAUGACAAGGAAAAGAUAAACAAAAGUUGGACAAGCAAUUUCCAAAUAGCAAUUCUCGUCAAUUUUUUGCCUAAAAUCCAGUCCAACUCCGAUUUUAACUUUUAACUUGUAAUUUCAAGUUGGACUAUUCCGAGUCUCUUUUGUCGUAUAAGAAUUAGGGUUCUUAACCCUUUAACUCCCAUGAGUGACCAAGACAGAAUUUCUCCUUACUAUAUCUGUACAAUAUCAUCCAGACAAGUUAUGAGAAUGAAGAAAAAUAUCAAUUAUGAAAUUACUAAUUGAUCCGAUACCAAAUUCUCCAAACUGACAUAAUGAGAAUCAUUUGGCAGACGAUAAGGAGAAUUACUAAUGAGAUCUUGUAAUCAAGAAAUGGCUCCUUAAAUUGUAUUAAGCGUCACUUGAACCAGGCUAGCAGCAUUCUUAGAUUUUAAGGGGGCUCCGAACUCUUUUUUGCUCAAGGAAACGAAUUUGGUCGUGACUCGAAUUUAUCGACUCAAAAGAGAAAUUGUAACAUAAAGGGUAACUAAUAGCGAUGUAUUUAAAUACAAUUCAUCAUGCACAAUAACUAAGCAAUGGAUGUAUUUCUCACGGUCGUUGAGAGGCGCGACUGUUAAUGGAACGUGGAGAUGCUGG